ACCAUAGUAGGAAGCAGCGCAUUGAAAGGGUUUCUCUUUGAUGAACCUGGCUUUUAUUGCAGUUUCUAACUAUGGAAGAAUAAUUUAUCCAGCGGAAGCUGGUAAACCAAACAUCAUUAACGCUGUUCUCUGAGAAUAUAUGCGUGUACAGGAUGUUGAAGUGGAGAAUCAUGCUGUUGGUUCUGGUGCUGACUGGGGUUCGGUUUCCUCCCGGAGAAGGUAAACCCCUGAAUGAUGGAAACAGCACUCAGGACGUCUAUGAGGCAGAAGAACACUCCAACAUCACGCUGACACUGUCGUCUCCAGUUAUCACUACCUCCAGCAGGAUGUACAUGGAUCUGAUCAAUAAGGAGCCUCUAAGGUGCAUUUAUCGGUAUGACAGCACAUAUCAGCCUGAGCCGUACAUGGAUGAAACACUAAGAGGCCGAUUCCAGUGUGAUCUACAGCAAGAUGAGGACGGACAGAUCCAAUGUCUCCUGAGGAACCUGAAGUUCAGCGAUGCAGGACGGUAUCAAUCCUUCAUUAGGGUUGAUGGAAGAAGCACUUUCACAAAUUUGGAGGUUGUCGUCACAGCUGUAAGAGAAGCAACUCAAGAAGAGACUUUAAAUGCAACACAACGUGAGAGGCCUGGGAUGUAUGUGGCUUUUGGUUUAUUUGGACUAACAUUAGUAAGACAAUAUCAUUGCACCAAGUCAUUGAUGGAAGGUCGCCACGGUUAUCCAGCUGUUUCCAUGUCAACCUCACCUCGGGUAGCUUCCCUUUCCCCCACUGAUUACUUGCCUUGCUGCGAAUCCCGUUUCUCUUAUGUAAUUUUAAAAUUCAAAGAAAGGGAAAUAUUUCGCUGGGAGCAUGGCCAUUGGAUAUCAGAUAUUUUCUUCUGAUCCUUUACAUUUUCUUAAAAGAUUUUAAGAUUUUUCCACAGUGAACUCAGCUACACAGUAAGGGAUUGAUUUUAUUCUAAUUAUUAUUAAUAUCUAGUGUUGCGCCGAUGCCAUUUUUUGACCCUGAUACAGAUACCUGGCUGUGCAGUAUUGGCCGAUACCGAUACCAUCUGUUUGAAAUUGAUAUGUGUGUGUGUGUAUAUAUGAAGAACUGCAUACUACUUGGAUGGAAAAUAAUGGCCAUCAUAGCUUCGUCAAGCUCUUCCUACUUUUGUGAAGCAGGAAAAAGACUAAAACAAAGUGAAUCCAGUAGAACUUUUUAUUGCCUACCUGGAAUGGGUGACAAUAGUUGAAUAAACUUUUGGCUAUAAAAAUGGUAUCGAUACCCUAUUUGUUGGUACUGGUAUCGGAAUCAGUGCAACACUAUUGAUAUCCUCUUCCAGUUUUUUUUAUCUGAAGCCACUUUAUCUAAACAUGCCUGAAGUGAUUUAUUUCUCCUUUAAUAAUUUCCCAUAAGAUUGUAUAUAUCUCACAAGGCAGGCUACCCAGUUACUAUGUUACGGUUUUGGUAGUUACUGUAAUACGUUUAUUUUUUUUAAGGUUCAGUUGAUUCAUUGCAAAGUUGCUGCUCUCAAUGGCUUUAUCGUUAAGAAGUUUGUUUUUCUUACAGGUCUAAUGUUUCAAUCAAAACUAACAAGUAUUGAUCUUUCUUUAAGGUGGAAAUCCAUUGCCUGAAUACGCUGCAUGUUUUGCUUUACAUUCAUAGAUAAUAUUUAUCCUAUGGGAUAAGGAUUAAUGUGCAUAAUGUACUGUUUCAGCAUAGGGUUCAAUCAGAAUCACCCUGCAUGUAGCACCACAUCAAAUUAUCCUGCUGCUAUUUGUUGGGAAUCAGCAAUAAAAACAAUAUGGUGGGUUUAUUAAAUGCACCCGACCCUGUUGCCACAUGCACUUUAUUGGCUGAACAAACUUGCAAUCCCCCCACCUUUCAAUCUAUGCUGAAAAAGUAUGUGAAUCAUAAAAAAGGAAAAAAAUUAAACAUGUCUCUACAUUUCUAAUAAAAAUACACGGUUACACCUGGAAUGUAAUAAAGAAGCUUUCUGUUUUGUUUCUCCAUCCUCAGUCUGAAUAGUGUAUCUGUCGGGACUUGCUUAUUGCCUAUUUCCCUGUAACCUGAUCAGCCUCAUGGGGCAGAAUGAAAAGAACAAAAAAAAUCAUACACUAAGAAACAGUUUUGUUUUUAAUGAAAGCUGUUAGUUAAAAUUGUCUGACUGGUUCCUCUGGGCCUUUACUGUAUGUCACUGACAUCAGUCCAUGUCAAGAAUAACCUCAGGAAUCUUCCACUAAUAUUUUCUAAUUUGAGGAGCUCUGAUUUGUCCCAUCAUUAGUAAGCUGACAUGUUGUUAUUGCGUCAUAAACAUGUUUAGCUGGUGAUGAAAGCCACCAGAUGUGUGGGAACUAAUGUUUCUAAUAAAAAUACACAAGUGUAAAAUGCUU